CACUGGAACUGUCGCAGCGCAUCACGCCAUCGGAAUCUCCGGCAGCUGCGCAGGCGCAGACGCAGCAGCUCCGUCACAUCAGGCGUCUCCGCCGCGCUGCAUGCGCGGACUCCGCCGACUUAUAUAUUUAAUUACUAGUUAUAUAAUCCACGGCGGGUCUAAGAUCACCGUACACCGACCCUUCUCAACCUCCAAACAGCAUCCCAUUCACAUGUGCUCUUGACAGACUUGAAUUGACGUCUCUGGCCUGGAUAAGUGCCGAGCAUCCCUCAGCGAGGCAAGGCCCCCCCGAGCAGACGAACUCACAGCCGAGGACGGACGCUGGUGCUGGUUGAACAUCAGCAGACUGCAGCCUGAGGAGCAGCAGCAGUAACUGGCUGGGAGGGACGCUUCUACACACCACCCUCGCUCAUCCUACAUCCGUCCAUCACACAUAACAUGACGGACCCCAGCCUCAGGUCGCCUUCUGGGACCCCGCUGCGCUCCCCCAACACGUCUCUCAGCCUCUCCUUCCCCUUCCUGAGGGAGGGGAACCGGGUGUGGGAGGAUGGGAAGGAGCCACAGCUGCCGCAUGACCUGCCGAGCCCACUGCCAACCAAACGCACCCGCACCUACUCAGCGACGGUUCGCGCUCACUCAGGGCCAGUUUCCAAGGGCGUAUGUAAGAACUUCUCCAGAUCACAAGGCCACGGUUUCAUCCAGCCGGUUCAUGGUGGAGAAGACAUCUUUGUUCACAUCUCAGACAUCGAGGGGGAGUAUGUUCCAGUCGAGGGAGAUGAAGUCACGUUCAAAGUAUGCCGGGUUCCACCAAAGAACGUGAAAGUGCAGGCGGUGGAGGUGAAGAUCACACAUCUCAACCCAGGGACCAAACACGAGACCUGGUCCGGCCAGAUCAUCAGCUCGUAGGACCCGCGUGGUGGGCGUGGUGGACGCCGGCGCUCAGGGCUGCAUUGAGGACGGGGGAAGGUGGCAGAUUUACUCUGGAACUCACUACUUUCUUUUUUGCCGAAAUGUCAAAUUAUUUUUCAAAAGAUGUUUUAUCCUCCACAGACAUGUCCUCGGUGUUGCUAAGCAUUAAUGGUUAAGUUGAUGUUGACAGUCACUCAUUCACUCACUCACACAGCUGUUCUGUCCCAAACUCCACUGACCUGAAGAAUUUGCUUCACUGGUGACACACACAAAAAAACAAACUAUUGUUAGAGAUAAGAAACGUCUUUGUUUAUUUAUAUUUAAACAAAAUCAACCUGGGGAUAGGACUGUAAAUUGACAGGUUCUCCCUGCUGAGCGUUUGUCAGUAUCACUUGUUGAGUUUAUGUGUCGUUCAGAUGAUUUACUGCAACUUUAUCUGCUGUAGGAAGUGUAGACGUAUGAGAGAUGAAAGAAAACACUGGAUGUAAAAGAGAUUUGAAUGACUUUGUGGCUGAGGUAAAAAAAAAAAAAGGAAAAAAAAAGGACGUGCUGGCAAGUUGACAAUCCCAAGAGCAGUGAAGCUGUUCCGCAUUACAAACCCCACAAGUACUUUUAUAUUUCCAGCGCUGACAGGACGUCUCAUGACCUCCUUUUGGUUACAGAUCAACUUUUUUAGAAUAUCAUCUGACAAACGCAGGAAAGUUUGUGGGGAAAUUUAAGAGGGAAAUGAAACAAAGUUUGAUGUGAAACUUUAGUGAAAUAUAGGGAUUUGCUUCGGCUGAGGAGACGACUGCAGCUCAGACGGACAGGUUUUCUUUAAAUCUCCCGCAUUAUGCAGUUUAGAUCCCUGUUCAUAUGAUCCAGUACCACAACAGAGCUGAUUUACUCUGAUCCUGACUCCAAAAACUCCCAUGGUCUGUUAGAUCAGACAGCCAUAGUCUUCCUUUUGAUGUGUGGUGUGUUGACGACCAUGUCCGUCCUGCUCCUCCCCUGCUCCCCGCUCACUCUGCGGUUCCUAAAGCCAAUCAGACACGUUACUGCCAACCACGCACCUCGCUGACACACUCAGUUGGAGGAUGUUUGUCUUUGGCCGACCCCACCCGGGUUACGGGUGACCGAGCUGCGUUAACUCAGAGGACCUUCUGCAUAGGAUUAUUUUGCUUGCAUGAGCAGUAAGUUAAUUUAAAAAAGAAAGAAAAUAGAGAAAAAAUUUCCUGCUUAAUCUGUAUUGCACCUCUUAAAUUUACAGGAAGACGUAUGUUGCAGUUUUUGAAAGUAUAAUAUGGGGCCAAAAGCAUCAAAAAGCCACUUCAGUUUAAGGAGAAGAAAGGAGAAAAAAAAAUCAUACUUUUUAUCGUAUCGUCUGUUUGUGGUUAUUUAUUUGUUGACUUGUUUGUGUGUGUCUUGAGAUUGCAGGCUUUACAUUUUGAAUAAUGCGGUUGAAACAUGUCCUUCCUCUAUGUAAACAGCCACAGUAGCUCAGAAACCACGGCCACGUCUCGUCAGACUGGCGUGAAAAAGACUUUUGAAAGCAUGUAUGUGUGUGCUGAGUGGGCUGGUGUGGUCGUGAGCCUCACAACUACACGGCUGAUGCCAACUAUCACACAGUAUGUAGUUAUUCAGGUUAUAUUCUUCACUGUAGGUCAUUUACCUUUAGAGUUUGUGCUCCAUAGAGUCUCUAUGCAUCUUUCUUCCUGUCGGUGUCACUGUCUCAAUUUAUUCCACGUGAAAUUUUGUCAUUUUUAAUCACACGAAAAGAUACUUUUAAGUGACUUUCUGUGGACGAGCCACUGAGGUGGCGAUGCUCCUUGUGCUCUAUUUCACUUUUAUUCUCAAAAGGAUAUUAAACUAUGAUUCAUGA